GGACGGGAUACGCAUAAAUAUAUAUUUAUUAAGUUUCUGUGUUAGGCGCACUGGUUUACGGGAACACUGAAAGUAUUCACCUUCACCACUGAGUUACAGUGACUCCACUGACUGUGUUGUGGACCUGAUACCCACUUUUCGCGUUCAUUUAUAGUGUAUUCGGGGUAUGUUGUACCCGUACUUUGUUUGUCCUGAAAACACGAGAAAAUAUGGAAGAAAACGCUCCACAUUCAAUGGGAAGUGGACAAUCACAUGCAAGCAAUCACUCAAGACCGUUUUUCUACGUUCAGCCACCAUCUCAUCCAUACUAUAUGUGUCAGUGGCCAAUGAACAGUCCGUUUGGUCCUUAUGCCUUACCUGGUUCAGGUAUGCCUUUUGCGCGCCCAUACUGGGCUCUGUAUCCCUGCAUGCAGUAUCCAGGCUACAUGAUGCCACAUGCACCGAUGCAGCCUGCUGACUGCAGGAGAAUGUUCAGCCCCCCUUUCCCCCCCACCCACGAUGUCCGAUUCCGCCACCAGCAUCACCAUCAGAGCCGUGUGCGGCGAGAGACCGCCUGCUCCGAGGUCCAGACCGACCCCAGCGACCUAGUGAAUGAGCUGAUUGAGAGCUUCAGCAGGUUCCGGAGUUUCUCUGUAGCCUCUGAGACCAGGAAGGAGCUGGAUUCCGGUGUGGUGUCCCCGGGGGCUGGAUUGUAUGUGCAUCCUGGGUGUGGGGACAAGGGGGAGGGGCUAACCACGGAGCUGGAGCCCCUGCCUCAAAGGCAGAGACCCACCAGGAGCGUCUCCCCUAUAUCUGCAACAUUGGUGGAGCCCAUCAGCACGACCUCUGGCAUUAAGCUGAGACAGAGCUCCCAUGAAGACCAUGUUGAGUCAGACGGUUGGCCUUUAGCCUCUGAGGUUCCACCCUUGGACAGCUCCUCUGUGCAUGAGGAGACUGCUGAGGAUGAUGAUGACGAGUUAGAGCAGGACUACAUGCCUGAGAAGCUCCACCUGGCUGAUGCACUUGGAGCUGAAGCCCAGUUGCCAGGAGUGACUCGGGCCCGACCGGACUGCCAACCAAGCGAUACGGGGCCCCCAGACACCGUCUCUGCUCAAGGUGCUGACCCCGCCCAAGUGGGGUCUCCCCCAGCUGUGUCGCCUGUGAGUCGAGAGAGCAUAGAGAAAGGUAGCCAGAAGACGAGGAUUCCCCAGGUAGAAGGAAAGGAUUUCUCUGAAAAGCCCACCCUUGACUUUGAAGAUCUGCCCUGUAGAAUCUUGCGACUGCCUUGCGAUAAAGUUGCAGCAGCUGGCGUGUUCCAGAAGGGGAGUCCCUUCUGGUGCAUGGAUCCAACACUCAUGACCGCCCCCAGCUACCUGUCCUCCUUUGGGAAUGCUCUAUACUGCAGUUACUACCCCCAAACAGCCCAGGAGAGGCAGAGUGUCCUCAGCCCCUCCUUGGAUGAGCUUUCCUCCAGGGAUGAGCUGUUCUCUACUGACCUGGAGGACCUGGACUUGGUGUCGAGUCAGGGAUACACCAGCAGCGGGAGGGUGUCUAAGGAUGUCCAAGAGACCCAUCUCCAUGCUACAGACAGUGAUGUUCCAGACCACUCCUUCCAGGAGCACUGUCCUGUCUGCCCGAAGAGAACGUGCUCAGUGUGUGGGAUGCGUCUGUCAAAGGAGGCCCAGAGGAGAGCCUCUGUUGGGCCUGGAAGCUGCAGCAAUCUGGAGAGGGGGCUAUCCGAUGAGGAGAUCGAAGAGGAGGAUGUUUCCAAGAGUGCUGCUGGCCAAUGGAAGGCUCCAGUCGGCAAGCACCAUGUGAAAAGGCACUCGCAUACGCCAGUUUGCCAGCCCUCCAAACAGAAGUACAAGCAGGGAUAUUGUGAACAUGAAGAGCAAACCAACCUUGAGCACCAGGACCAGGCUUACGUACGGGAGCCAGAGUGCUGUGAUGAGCACAAGGCUUUGGCCAAGGCUCGGGAUCAAGACUCAAAAUGUGGCCAAUCCUACCUGUGCCCAGACAAACGGCGGCGAGAGGACUCUGCACCCUUAGACCAGGAGCAUUCUGCUCUGAAACAAAGGCCCAAGUCCACAAAGCUUUGUUCACGGGGACAAGAGAGACCUGCUCGAAGAAGAAUGCCCUUCAAGACUGAACAUCAAAGGGCCAAUAGGAAUGAUUAUGAUGAGCCUGACGAUGAGAAUCCACCACACCAGAAGGGUAAAGGGUCCACAAAGAGAAGAGGUACAAGAUGCUGAUCAGAAAUAUUGCUUUUUAAUUUGGCAGGGGGGGGGGAUUCACUACAAUGCACAAGGAUAUCACUCAAUCCAGGAAGCGAUGCAAUGCAACAGAAUCACUGCAUGGCAGAAGUGGUGCUUCACUGCAUGGCAGAAGUGGUGCUUCACUGCAUGGCAGAAGUGGUGCUUCACUGCAUGGCAGAAGUGGUGCUUCACUGCAUGGCAGAAGCCCCAUUUGAUGCGUAUGCAGACAGUGGAAAAGUGACCAGAGGCCAACUCUUGCAGUCCCUCAGUUCUGAGCUUGCAGGACAAGAGCCCUGGAACUCCUGGCUUGAAUAGGGCAGGACCAAGGCACUGAACGCACAGUUAGAUUAAAGGAUCGAUUGACUGGCUGGUUCCUGGAGCUGCAGUGUCUUGCUGUCUGUAUGAUGCGUUUGUAUCAGGUGUGGUGGUGUAAUGUUAACUUGACAUCCAUGUAUCUGCAUAGUGUUCAUUAAAAUAGCUGCAUUGCACUUAA